CUCUUGCGCGCAACGGAGAGUCGGCGCAAAGUUUCCUCGAUGGCGCUGGUGAUGGAGCCGGUUAGUAAAUGGAGCACGAGCCAGGUGGUGGACUGGAUGAAAGGUCUGGAUGACUGCUUGCAGCAGUAUGUGUGUGUGUUUGAGCGCGGAGGUGUGUGCGGGGAGAGGCUGCUGAGGAUUAGCCACGCCGAGUUGGAGGACCUGGGAGUUUCUCGCAUCGGACACCAGGAGCUCAUUCUGGAGGCUGUCGACUUGCUCUGUGCUUUGAACUCAGGUCUGGAGACGGAGAGCGUCAGGACUCUGGCUCACAAGCUUGGCGCCUCGGCCAAAAACCUGCAGAACUUCAUUUCCGGCCGCCGCCGCAGCAGCCAAUCAGAGAGCAGGUCCUCGCGGCGGCUCCCCAAUGAUCUGUUGACCUCCGUUGUCGACCUCAUCACCGCCGCCAAGAGCCUGCUGGCCUGGCUGGACAGGUCUCCCUUUGCUACAGUGGCAGACUACUCAGUAACCCGAAAUAAUGUCAUUCAGCUCUGCCUGGAGCUCACCACCAUUGUACAGCAGGACUGUACGGUGUUUGAGACGGAGAACAAAAUCCUUCAUGUGUGCAAGACUCUGUCGGAGGUGUGUGAGCACAUUGUGUGUGUGUCAUCCGACCCGCUGGUUUCUCAGUCAGCCCACCUCGAGCUGGUUCACCUCACCAACAUCAAAUCCUCUGAAGGCCUGGGAAUGUACAUCAAGUCAACCUACGACGGCCUCCAUGUAAUCACAGGAACUACUGAAGGGUCUCCAGCUGACCGCUGUAAGAAGAUCCAUGCCGGAGAUGAAGUCAUUCAAGUAAAUCAUCAGACUGUGGUGGGCUGGCAGUUACGUAACCUGGUCGGCUCACUGAGGGCAGAUAAAGGUGUCGUGUCCCUGACCCUGAAGAAGCGUCCACAGAGCACGCUCAGCUCGGCCCCUGCUCUGCUGAAGAACAUGCGCUGGAAACCCCUCGCUCUGCAGCCAACCAGAAGCCCAGGCAGCAGUUCGGCCACACCCUCAGGCACACCCACCAAGAGCUCCGCCAUCCAGGACCUUUACAUCCCCCCUCCCCCUGCUGAGCCAUACAUGCCCAGAGAUGAGACAGGAGCCUUGCCUGGAGAUGAGGCAUCUCGUAACCACGUUGGCGUCAGCGUUGCUAAGCGCUCUGAGUCACCAAACUCCUUCCUGGAUCAAGAGUCUCGCCGGCGAGAAGAGGAGGAGCCCGUGUACUGCACCACGCCUACAUAUGGCAGGCUGAGGCCCAUCUCCAUGCCUGUGGAGUGUAACUGGGUGGGCGACUAUGAAGAUCCAGCCAAGCUUAACAGAGAAAGCCGCAGAGAAGCGUCACUGAUGCGUUACGUGGGACUGUCCGGCGUGGACGAGAGGACCGGCUCUGAUGACUACUCCUCCCACACGGCUCGCCCGGGAAAACGGACCAAUGACACGGCCAAACGUGCCAAAAGGCGGAGCCACCACAGCCAGAGCCCCUCCCACUACGUCCUGCAGACAAAUCAAAGAAAUUCUCCACCGAGAGACCCGGCCUCCAUUUAUCACACAUACCAGCAGUCCUCCUCUCUGCAGUCAAAGAACAGGAAGAAGAAUAAAGGACGAAGUUUGGCCUCCCUGAGUCGGAGGCGUGUUUCCUGCAAGGCGCUGGGCAGAGGAGACUGCGAGGGCUGGCUGUGGAGAAAGAGAGAUGCAAAGGGUUACUUUUCUCAGAAAUGGAAGAAGUACUGGUUUGUUCUCAAGGACAACUGCCUGUACUGGUACAUCAAUGAGGAGGAUGAGAAGGCAGAGGGUUUCGUCAGUCUUCCAGAGUUUAAGAUUGACCGGGCCAGUGAAUGUCGCAAGAAGUAUGCUUUCAAAGCAUGCCACCCCAAGGUCAAGAGUUUCUACUUUGCAGCAGAUGGAGUGGAUGACAUGAACAGAUGGCUGAGUCGUCUCAACAUGGCCGCUGUGGGCUACGCCGAGCGAGAGAGGAUACGCCAGGAGCAGGAUUACUGGAGUGAGAGUGAACAUGAGGAGGACACCACCUCCAGCCCCAAACAGGACAGUCCCCCACCUCCAUAUGAUACCUACCCACGGCCUCCAUCAAUGAGUGCCUUUUUGGAAGGCCGGACGACUCGACUAUCUUCCACGGAGACGUCUCGUUCUCGCUCUUCCCAGGAGGACUUCCUGUGCGGCGAGCCUUCCGUGGUGGCUGCAGAGCCGCAGUACCAUCCUGGUCCUCUAGGGGGAGGCACCACACACAGCGGGAGGAAACCAGGGGGCAGCAGCAGCAGCGACGUGCAGUACAGAUGUGAUGCUGUAGAGUACCGUUCCAGUCCGGCGGGGGGCAGCAGUGAGACGGGCUCUCCAGGCCGCUCUUCCUCGUCUCAGAGACGUUCCUGGCAGGACCUGAUUGAGACACCGUUGACUGAGGCUGGACUGCACUACCUACAAACUGGACCACUAGAGGACGCCGUCUUUGCUGAGCCCAGUCCGGGCGGCGGGACUAUGAUGGCCGGAGCCGUUUACACUCUUCCGGCACAGAGGAAUGUCCCGUUGCCCAUGGCAAGGCAGAGGCUGAUUCCUAUGGCAACCCAGGGAGGGAAACCCCGCAGCUUCACACUGCCACGAGACAGCAACCUACACACACUCCUCACGCCCCCAGCGAAAGAAGACCAGCAAGCGCACAACGGCGGCAGCGAGGGUGCAUCCCUGGGCGACCUGUUUCGUGCAUGCGAGCAGGGCGGCGUGUGUCCUCUGGGUCGCGGGUCGGACGGCAAAGGCCAAUCAGAUUGCAGGCAGUCCUUCCUGCGACGGGCUGCCGACCCUCAGCUCAACGACCGUCUGCACCGCCUCCGUAUACUCACCUCCACGCUGAAGGACAGGGAGGGGGAGCUAGCGCUGAUUGACAGGCUGUUGGCCAAUCCCCAGUUGUCGUCAGCAGAGUUCCAGGAGUGGAAAAGAGCCUAUCAGGAGCUGUUCUCUCAGGAGCCAGACUCGACCGCUGAAUCAGACCCUGGCCCGCCCCUCACGCCCUCGCUCUCUCACACACACUCCUACAUCGAGACCCACGUGUGACGAGUGAAACACACUCACACAUGUUUGAGUUUCUCCUGAUUCUGAAAAAAAAAAAAAAGAGUUGAACAAGCAGCAGCGGACGUUUUGAUGCAUCAGGGUUGCGAUCAGUGAUGGACGUUGUCAAGAGGGGAGAGUAGGAACAACUUGACAGCCGCAGUCUGCAAGUGCAGCAUGACACUUUUUCUGAGGAGACGCCUGUGUGGCCCACAUGUCACAUCAAUCUACGAGCUGAUUGGUUAUGCCACUCCAGCUGGCUCGGGGGCGGACGAUAAACUGAUUCUUAAGUAUUACAUGUUAGCUUUUGUGCUCUAUAAAUACUUACGUUGGACGACUUUCAUCAGUUUGUUCCUCCUGACAUGGACCGAGGCCUCAGAAUAGUUUCUUCAUGAGUAACAGUAUUUCAUCCUGCUUGUUUUGCCACGUUUAUACCGACUGCACAGUGUCUCAUAGACCAUCUAAUAGCCAUCGAAUGACAUACAUUGUAUUCUAUCAAGCCUUACACUUGACGUAUAUGAUGAUAUUUUUCUGUACAGUGAGUGUUAACAGCAGAGAACAAUAAGCACACGUCUUUUUUAAAUCAACUAGUUUCAGUUUCUAGUUUUAGAGACUUUUGUUUGUGCUGGUUUGGUAGAAUUAAACGUACUGUACUGUGCUGGGCUGGACCUGAAGCAUGCACACUCAGAAGCUUCCUGGAAUAAGACUCAUUUAAAGGAAAAGUCCACCCUAAAAACACUUUUAACAUUGUUUUCAAACUGCUAGUGUAUUUUGCAUUUAGGAGCUCAUGUUAGGGUAUUUUGUUUAAAGUGCUCAUAUUAUGCUUUUUGGCUUUUUCACUUUCCUUUAUUGUGUUAUAUAUCU